CAGACCCUUGCCUCCGGCUCGCCACGCCUCUUCAAGGAGCUCGCACGGCUCGAGGUCCAUCCCGCCAUCCAACCGGCUACGAGCAGCAGCGUAGACCGAAGGUUUGGAGGGUCCAGCGUAUCGUGACAAAGGUUGGAUGCGUCCUCCAGUAUCAAGGCAAUCCGUCGCUCGUUGCUAUCCCGGAGGAGACCACUUGUUUUGAAGGAAUCGCCCGUCCGACGAGUUCCAUCAUUGUCAUGCCAGCGCUGCUCGAAGUCGGGUUCUGGUGCAAGGACGAAGCGGACCUGCUAGACGGGCGGCCCCAUCCGCGCACGCUCCAGGAACCUGUAUGGUUUGCCGCGAACGCGGACCUUGCGGCGUCCGUCGUCGACUACCUUCGGACGCAAGGCUGCGUCGAGUCGUACGAGAUGGGCUACAGCUUUUGUCGGCUCGGCGACGCCUGCCCGCCCAAGAGUAUGGGCGCGUGCACGAUGACCGAUGGCGUCUACUGCUGGCCAGAAGGCUAUGCGCACUACUUGGACGUGCAUUGCGUGCGUCCACCGCAGGACCUUGUUGACCACAUCCUCGCCCAGCCGCGGACGUUGCCGCCAUCGCGCCUCGAUCUCUGGGACCAUGCCACCCACCAGCGCAUAUCGAUGCCCCUCGCGAUGCAGUCCAUGGUGCUUGCCAACACGACGCUGACGGUGCGCGAAGAGACGCCGUCGUGUGCAGUCUCGUAAAAAAUGACGUCGUCGUAUCGUAGUCUUAUUGUCAGUCUUAUGUAUCUUUAGUGCAAAAGUUUUGGUGCUGUCGCAGCGCGCGCUG